AUGAGUGGUUCCUCCGCCGGCUUGCCGUUGCGAUCAGGCAGUAACGCGCGCGUUAAGUCGGAGCCCGCCAUUGAUUCGGAGUCGUACUUGGAUCCGGAGAUGAAUAUGGAUGGGGUCAUGGAGGACACUCCGGAGGCCAGCGUGGGUGAGGAUGCGAGGUCGAGUGUCGAAGAGACUGAAGGGGAGAAGAAGCUACGCAGGAAGAGAGAGCGAGAGUUCCGUCGACGCCGCAAAGAUCGGAUGAUCAAGCUUGAGCAAACUCAGAGCGUCACGGUUACUGAGCAGAACGAAGACCUGCGGGCACAGAACGAGCUCCUCAGGGCACACGUCUUCGGCUCUGGCUGGCAAGGCAAUGAAGCCAUGGCCCUUCCAGCUGCCGUGCCAUCGUCGUCGUCACGCCGGGCAUCUUGA